AGAGUUCGAGAAAGAGAGAGAGAGAGAGAGGAUGAAGGCGGAUGAUGACUUUGGACCGGACCGGGGGAUGGAGUUCCAGACAGAUGAUGAGGAGAACCGAGCAGAGACAGUGGAAGACAGCGAAGACGAUUAUGAAUCUGAGUAUACCUUUUCUGAGCGGAACCCUUCUGAGUACAGCAAUCCGUCUUACCACCAGAUGCCCUGGCCUCAAAGCUACCGGCAAUCGAUGGACAUGUUGACAAGCGUGACCCCUCCUACAGUGGGUUUCCUUGCAGGGACGAGUAUUUCAGGGUUAGGCAGCUCCUUCUUAUCUCCUUCAGCUUACAAGAGGACACAUGCUUCUGAUUACAAUGCCUCCCUUGCUCAACCUUUCUUUUCAGAAGUUGAUCAACUCUCUUUUCCUGAGCCUACUGCAACACCUAAGCGCUCUUCUUACACUUCCUACCAAAGGUCCUCCUUUCAUGAAUUACCCCCACCAGCUCAACAAUGCUCCUGUGCUCAAUCUGUACUUAAUGGAGUAAAUGUUCUUUGUGGUGUGGGACUUCUCUCAACUCCUUUCGCAGUUAAAGAAGGUGGCUGGAUGAGCCUCUUGAUACUCUUUGGGUUUAGUAUCAUUUCAUGCUACACUGGACUUUUAUUGAAACGAUGUCUUGAGAGCUCACCUGGACUCAAAACAUACCCUGACAUUGGUCAAGCUGCGUUCGGGGUUCCCGGUCGCUUAUUUAUAGCUAUAAUCCUGUACAUUGAGCUAUAUGCCUGCUGUGUUGAAUUCAUAACUCUCAUGGGUGAUAACAUGUCUACAUUGUUUCCAAAUGCCCGAAUGGAUAUUGGAGGGAUUCACUUGAAUUGUCAUACCUUCUUCACCAUAUUGAUGACCAUCUUUCUUCUCCCAACAAUUUUGCUGAGAAACCUUAGUUUGCUCUCAUACCUUUCAGGGGGUGGAGUAGUUGCAUCCCUACUGGUGGUGCUUUGCUUGCUAUGGGUGGGAGUGGUAGACCAAGUUGGGUUUCAUCCUAGUGGGACUACUUUGAACCUUGCAAACAUUCCUGUUUCACUUGGCAUAUAUGGUUUCUGUUAUGCAGGGCAUUCUGUUUUCCCAAAUCUGUAUUCUUCCAUGAAGAAACCAUCAGAAUUCUCAACAGUUCUAGUGAUAAGUUUUUCAAUUUGUUGUUUCCUUUAUACUGGGGUAGCUAUAUGUGGAUUUAUGAUGUUUGGUGACUCAAUGCAAUCACAGUUCACACUAAAUAUGCCUCAGAAUUUUGUGGCCUCUAAAAUUGCACUGUGGACAGCGGUUGUGAAUCCUCUUUCAAAAUAUGCCUUGACAUUGACCCCAGUUGCACUGAGUCUAGAGGAACUUAUGCCUCCAUCUCCCCUAAGAUCUCAUUAUGUCUCAGUGUUCAUCCGAACAGUCUUAGUCACCUCAACGUUGGUCGUGGCACUAUCGGUUCCUUUCUUUGGUUUUGUAAUGGCACUAAUUGGCUCUCUCCUAACAAUGCUUAUAGCUCUUAUCUUUCCUUGCGCUUGCUACCUCAGCAUCCUUCGCAGGAGGUUAAAUUGGUUGCAGAUUGGAGUCUGCAUUUUUAUUAUCAUCGUUGGAAUUGUGUCUUCUUGUAUUGGUACAUAUUCAGCAACAAAGAAGAUAGUUGACAAUCUAGGCUGAUGGAAAUGAAGAAAAGUAAGGUCACCAUGUAUUUCUUCAAGUCUCUGUCAAGACUGGGUAGACUUGAAUUAACUAAACAUAACAUUAAUAAUUCAAAGAAGAUCAGUGAGUUG